UGGCUACACGCAGCCGCCGCGCGCUCUGGAUACGCUGACACCAUGGAUACCGAGCGCCUUUUCCUGCGUUAAAACUCCACAAUGAGGGAUAAAAGUAAAAUGCGGUGUUGGGAGAGUUAAGCCUUUACUGGAGCCCUUUCGGUGAACCUGACUGGGAUCUGGCAGGUAUCCGGGCAUGGAGCCGGCGAUGUGUCGGAUUUGGAUCUGUGUCCUGCUCGCAGUGCCGCUUGCGGGAUGUUUGGAGAUGCACCUUUCGGAGACUUUACAGCCCGGGAGCAUUUUGGCAAACCUGUCUCUGGGACCUGGUUGGACGUAUAACAUUGACAGGACUUUAUCUCCUAACUUCAUCCAGACGCUUUUCCAAGUUGGGAAGCGCAGCGGGGUGAUCCGCCUGUCCCGCAGGAUUCAGUGCGCGCACACGCCGAGGAACCCAGCGCCUGUUUAUUUCAGAGCAGGUUCCUCAACGUCCGGGGACGCGACUCUGACGCAUUUUAACGUGUUUGUCCACGGACAGGACUGUUUUAUAAAGUACAAGAGAAAGACUGAGCCGGACUUUCACAUUGAACACGUUUUGAAAGUGAAGUCAGCUUCCUGUUUACUCGCAGGUAAAUUGUUAUUGGAUGUAAAGAAACUUUUGCCAGCAUCCACGCAAAGUAUAACCCUUUUAAAUACUAAAUGUGUUGGAAAUGACUUUGCUGCGGCGUUCAUGCGUGGAGAUUUGUUCCUAGUCAACGACUUGUGCCUUGAACACAAAGAAAAGGUGGAUUUGCACUGCACCCUGCAUGGCUCUCCAGGCAGCAGGCUGUCUGUGCAGCUGAGUUUGACUCUGUCACAACAUGAAAGUACCUACAGAAAGUCUGGCAAACUGAUCCACCGGGGGAAGCGUCAGGUUAACUCAGGUCCGCGGUUCCAGAUCUCCACCUAUCAGGUGUCUGUUCCUGAGAACGAGCCCCCAGACACUCAUGUCAUCAACCUAAAAGCAGUUGAUCCGGAUGAUGGCGAGGCAGGGAGGCUGGAGUACAGCAUGAAGUCUCCUCAAGACAAGAGGUCUGAUAAUUACUUUCGAAUCGAUGCAAAGACGGGGAGCGUAUCGACCAUCCAGCAGCUUGAUAGAGAACUAAUGGACACACAUGUUUUCUUAGUUUUUGCAACUGACAAUGGCACCCCAAAAAGAUCGACCAGUUCUAUCCUGACCAUCACAGUUAGUGACAAAAAUGACCACAGGCCGGUGUUUGAGCAAAAGAAUUACAAAAUUAACAUCAGGGAGAAUGUGGAGGUUGGUUUUGAGGUGAUGACCAUACGUGCCACUGAUGGUGAUGCCCCUUCCAAUGCCAAUAUGGUUUAUAAAAUUGUCAAUGAUGACGGUAUCAACUCUGUGUUUGAGAUCGACUCCCGGAACGGCCUGGUGAGGAUCAGGGAGCGGCCUGACAGAGAGACCCGAGCCCAGUAUAAGCUGAUCGUUGAGGCUGAUGACCAGGGCAAGGACCCUCAUCCUCUGACUGCCACUGCCACAGUUCAGAUCACUGUGGAGGAUGAAAAUGACAACUAUCCCCAGUUUAGUGAGAAGCGGUACGAGGUACAGGUCCCAGAGAACGUAGCUGUCAACACUAAAGUUAUACAAGUGGAAGCGACUGACAAAGACGAGGGGAAUAACGCCAAAGUUCAGUACAGCAUCAUCAGCGGCAACAUUAAAGGCCAGUUCUACAUAAACUCUGAAAAGGGUGAGAUUAAUGUCAUCAACCCUCUGGACUAUGAGAUGAUUCGGGAGUAUAAUCUAAGGAUCAAAGCUUACGAUGGUGGCAGGCCCCCAUUGAUGAAUAAUACUGGAAUGGUAGUGGUGCGUGUGGUGGACAUCAACGACAAUGCUCCUAUGUUUGUCAGCACUCCUUUCCAGGCCACUGUGUUGGAAAAUGUCCCUGUCGGUUAUUCUGUUAUUCACAUUCAAGCAAUAGAUGGCGAUUCAGGAGAAAACGCUCGUCUGGAAUACCGGCUCACUGACACAACACCUGGUUUCCCGUUCACCAUCAACAACAGCACCGGCUGGAUUACAGUUGCUGAAGAGCUGGACAGGGAGACUACUGACUUCUACACCUUUGGCGUUGUGGCAAGAGAUCAUGGGAGGCCUGCUAUGUCUUCAUCAGCCACCGUCAGCAUCAUGGUGCUGGACGUGAAUGACAACGUCCCCGCAUUUACUGAAAAGACAUACUCUUUAAAGAUCAAUGAAGAUGCGGUUGUGGGGACCAGUGUGCUGACCGUGACAGCUGUGGACAGGGACAUUAACAGUGUGGUGACUUACCAGAUCUUCAGUGGAAACACCAGAAACCGCUUUUCCAUCACCAGCCAGAGUGGUGGGGGCCUCAUCACCCUGGCCCUUCCCCUGGACUACAAGCAAGAGCGGCAGUACGUCCUGACCGUCAUGGCGAGCGAUGGGACACUCUACGACACGGCUCAGAUUUUCAUCAAUGUGUCGGAUGCAAAUACACACCGGCCUGUUUUUCAGACCAGUGGCAACCUGCAGGUGCUUCUUGGUGAGGAAAAACCUAUAGGCUCUUUUGUGACUAUGAUCACUGCAACAGAUGAUGACACGGGGGAGAACGCUCGCAUCACGUAUGUCAUGGAAGAUAAUGUUCCACAAUUUAAGAUAGACCCUGAUACUGGUGUAAUCACUACACAGAUGGAGAUCGACUAUGAACACCAAGCGUCCUACACGUUAGCCAUCAUUGCCAGAGACAAUGGCAUCCCUCAGAAAUCUGAUACCACUUAUGUGGAGAUUAGAAUUGAGGAUGCUAAUGACAAUGCUCCCAUCUUUAACAAAGAUUCAUACAAGGGGCGUGUACUUGAAGAUGCACCUAUCCAAACCAGUGUUCUCCAGAUUGUUGCGUCAGACAGAGAUUCUGACUCCAAUGGAAGGCUGAGUUACACCUUUCAGGGUGGAGAAGAUGGAGAGGGCGAUUUCACCAUCGAAACAUAUUCUGGAAUAAUUCGAACUGCUCGCAAACUGGACCGCGAGAACGUUGCUUUUUACAACUUGAAGGCAUUAGCUGUGGAUAGAGGGCUUCCUCCUCUGAAGGCAGUUGUUUCUGUUAAUAUUUCAGUCCUAGACAUAAACGACAAUGCUCCGGUGUUUGAGAAGGAUGAGCUUUUUAUCUAUGUGGAGGAAAACAGCCAAGUGGGGUCCGUUGUUGCCCAAAUCACUGCCACUGACCCAGACGAGGGCACCAAUGCUCAGAUUAUGUACCAGAUUGUGGAAGGAAAUAUUCCUGAAGUUUUUCAGCUCGACAUUUUUAACGGCGACCUCAUUGCGCUCACAGACUUGGAUUACGAGACCAAAACAGAAUACAUCAUUGUAGUCCAGGCCACCUCGGCCCCAUUGGUGAGCCGGGCUACUGUACACAUCCGGCUAGUGGACAUGAAUGACAACAUACCUGUACUGCAGAACUUUGAGAUCAUCUUCAACAACUACGUCACCAACAAGUCCAACAGUUUUCCAACUGGAAUUAUUGGAAAGGUACCAGCCCAUGAUCCAGAUGUGUCGGAUAAGCUGCGUUACAAGUUUGAAUCUGGAAAUGACCUCAGUUUGCUACUGUUGAAUGAAGACACUGGGGAUCUGAGACUGAGCAGGGAUCUGGAUAAUGACAGAGCUCUGGAAGCCCCCAUGACCAUUUCUGUCUCAGAUGGCCUCCAUACAGUCAGAGCCAUGUGCACGCUGCGCGUCACCAUCAUCACCGACGACAUGCUUACCAACAGCAUCACGGUGCGCCUGGAGAACAUGUCACAGGAGCGCUUCCUGUCUCCCCUCCUCAGCCUCUUCCUGGAAGGAGUGGCGGCCGUUCUGUCCACCAAGCGGGAGGCCGUGUUCGUGUUCAACAUCCAGAAUGACACCGACGUGCAGGGCUCCAUCCUGAACGUCACCUUCUCGGCGCUGCAGCCAGGAGGCACGCCCGGGAAAGGGACGUUCUUCCCCUCCGAGGACCUGCAGGAGCAGAUCUACCUGAACAGGACGCUGCUGAGGCUGAUUUCUUCUCAGGAGGUCCUGCCGUUCGAUGACAACAUCUGUCUGCGGGAGCCCUGCGAGAACUACAUGAAGUGCGUCUCGGUGCUGAAGUUUGACAGCUCGCCGCCAUUCAUCGCCUCCAACACGGUUCUUUUCCGACCCAUCCAUCCCAUCAACGGGCUCCGGUGCCGCUGCCCGGUGGGCUUCACCGGGGACUACUGCGAAACCGAGGUCGACCUUUGCUACUCGGGGCCGUGCAAGAACAACGGAAGGUGCCGCAGCCGAGAGGGCGGGUACACCUGCGAGUGCCUGGAAGACUUCACAGGCGAGCAUUGUGAGGUGAAUGCGUCGUCAGGCCGCUGUGUUCCCGGUGUUUGCAAGAACGGUGGGAAAUGCGUGAACCGGCUUGCUGGAGGUUUCAUGUGCGAGUGUCCACCAGGGGAGUUCGAGAAGCCUUACUGUGAAAUGACCACACGCAGCUUUCCCGGCCAGUCGUUCGUGACGUUCAGGGGUCUCCGGCAAAGGUUCCACUUCACCGUUUCCUUCAUGUUUGCUACCAGAGAAAGAAAUGCUCUGCUUCUCUACAACGGCAGGUUCAAUGAGAAACACGACUUCAUCGCCCUGGAGAUCAUCGACGAACAGAUUCAUCUUACCUUCUCUGGAGGUGAAACAAAAACCACGGUGUCUCCCUACAUCCCCGGUGGAGUCAGCGACGGCCAAUGGCACUCUGUCCAGCUCCAUUACUACAACAAGCCUCACAUCGGGCGCCUCGGCAUCCCUCACGGACCCUCUGCGGAAAAGGUGGCGGUGGUCGCCGUGGACGACUGCGACAUCUCCAUGGCGAUCCGCUUCGGGAAGCAGAUCAGUAACUACUCGUGUGCCGCCCAGGGCACCCAGACCGGACAGAAGAAAUCACUGGACUUGACGGGUCCGCUGUUACUAGGCGGAGUUCCCAAUUUGCCCGAGGCAUUCCCGGUCAGGAACCGAAACUUCGUGGGCUGCAUGAGAAACCUAACAAUCGACAGCAAACCCAUUGACAUGGCCAGCUACAUCGCCAACAACGGCACCGCUGCAGGUUGUCCAGCGAAGAAGAACUUCUGCACAGACGACGUGUGUCUGAACGGGGGCGUGUGUGUCAGCAAGUGGAACACCUACAGCUGCAACUGCCCUACUGGCUACGGGGGCAAAAACUGUGAACAAGAGAUGCCGUCGCCUCAGUUCUUUGACGGCCAGGCGUUGGUGUCCUGGAGCGAGACGGACAUCACCGUCGCUGUACCCUGGUACGUGGGUCUCAUGUUCCGGACCCGGCAGCCAGCUGGGACUCUGAUGCAGGUCAACGCCGGACCGUCCUCAACUAUAAAUCUCCUGUUGAGGGAGCAGCAGAUCCGUAUGGAAGUGUUGCUACGGGAGCAGUUGUUGGCGUCGCUGGGCUUCCCGCAGGUCCGCGUCAGUGAUGGGGAGUGGCACCACUUGCUGGUCGAACUGAAAAGCAUUAAAGACGGCAAAGAGAUUAAAUACAUGGCGGCUGUUUCCUUGGAUUACGGCAUGUACCAGAAGUCUGUGGAGAUCGGUAAUGACCUCCCAGGUCUGAAGGUGCGGACUCUUCAUGUCGGAGGCCUGCCCGGAGAGGGAAACCUUGUUAACAGAGGAUUCGUUGGCUGCAUACAGGGUGUCCGGGUGGGGGAGACGGCCACCAAUGUGGUCAACGUGAACAUGGCCCAGGCCCUGAAAAUCCACGUGGAGGAUGGCUGCGAUCUGGCGGACCCUUGCGACUCCAACAUCUGCCCUGAGAACAGCCACUGCAGCGACGACUGGAGCACACACACCUGUGUCUGUGACCCAGGUUACUUUGGUAAGGAGUGCGUGGACGCUUGUCAGCUCAAUCCCUGUGAGCACGUCUCCAGUUGCGUCCGCAAGCCCAGUUCGUCCCACGGAUACACCUGCGAAUGUGGACAGAACUACUACGGCCAGUACUGUGAAAACAAAGUGGAGAAGCCGUGUCCUCAGGGUUGGUGGGGCAGCCCAGUGUGUGGGCCCUGUAACUGUGAUACAAGCAAAGGAUUUUAUAAAGACUGCAACAAAACCACUGGAGAGUGUCGCUGCAAGGACAACUACUAUCGUCCUGAGGGCGAGGACACCUGCCACCCCUGUGACUGUUUCCCCAUCGGCUCCGAGUCUCGAACCUGCGACCCGGUCACCGGCCAGUGCCCCUGCAAGGGAGGCGUCAUCGGCCGUCAGUGCAACCGCUGCGAUAACCCCUUUGCUGAAGUGACACCCACUGGAUGUGAAGUUGUGUAUGAAGGCUGCCCAAAGGCGUUUGACGCUGGCAUUUGGUGGCCAAAGACCAAAUUUGGACGUCCUGCUGCCAUGGAGUGCCCCAAAGGAUCCAGUGGUACUGCAAUUCGCCACUGCAGCGAUGAGAAGGGCUGGUUGUCUCCUGAACUUUUCAACUGCACCACAGCAACUUUCUCGAAUUUGAAGAAAAUGAAUGAGGAGCUGCGCCGCAACAGCUCUCGUAUGAACAGCGAACAGUCCAAGACUAUCGUGCGCCUGCUUCACAGCGCCACAAACAGGAAGUCGCGCUUCUACGGCAACGAUGUCAAGAUGGCUUCCCAGCUGCUGAACCACGUGCUGAAGUACGAGAGCCAGCAGUCUGGCUUCGAUCUGACCGCCAUGAAGGACGCAGAGUUCAACGAGAACUUGGUGCGAGCUGGCAGUGCCAUUCUGGACCCCGGCACCAAAGACCACUGGGAGCAAAUCCAGCGGACAGAAGGUGGCACCGCACAGCUGCUUCGCAACUUUGAGGACUAUGCUAACACGCUGGCCCAAAACGUCAGAAAAACCUACCUCAAACCCUUCACCAUUGUCACUGAAAACAUGAUCCUAACUGUGGACUACUUGGAUGUGUCAGACCCAGAGAAGGCGACAUUACCUCGCUUUAAGGACAUCCAAGAGUCCUACCCCAGAGAACUCGGCUCUUCUGUCCACUUCCCACUUUUUAACUUGCGAGAUCAUGUCCACAAAGAGGACCCAACUCCAGAACCUCCAACCCAGACCGAUCGUCCCGAUGAAGAGGAGCGCACAGUGGCUGACAGGAAACGGCGCCACCUUGAGCCGCCUGCACCUAAGCCGGUUGCCGUGGUCAUAGUGUACAAGUCGCUGGGCCAGCUCCUCCCGGAAAGAUACGACUCUGACAGGAGGAUUCUGAGGCUCCCCAACCGUCCAGUGAUCAACACAGCAAUAGUGAGCGCCACCGUCCACAGCGAGAGUCCACCUCUUCCUCCCAUCUUGGACCCUCCUAUCACCUUGGAGUACACCCUACUGGAGACAGAGGAGCGGACAAAACCCGUCUGCGUUUUCUGGGACCACUCCACCUCGAACGGAAACAAAGGCGGUUGGUCCUCCAGAGGCUGCGAAGUGCUCAACAGGAACAACAGCCACAUCAGCUGCCAGUGCAACCACAUGACCAGCUUUGCCGUCCUGAUGGACAUUUCGAAGAGAGAGCACGGGGAUGUCCUCCCGCUGAAGAUUGUCACUUACGCCACGGUGUCAGUCUCUCUGUUCCUCCUCCUCCUCACCUUCAUCCUGCUGUGCCUCCUGCACCGGCUGCGCUCCAACCUGCACGCCAUCCACAGGAACCUGGUGGCGACGCUCUUUUUCUGCGAGCUGGUCUUUCUGCUCGGUAUCAAUCAGACGGACAACAUGUUUGUGUGUACGGUGAUAGCCAUCCUCCUCCACUAUUUCUACAUGUGCACGUUCGCCUGGAUGUUUGUGGAGGGACUGCACAUCUACCGCAUGCUGACCGAGCUGCGGAACAUCAACCACGGCCACAUGAGGUUCUACUACGCCAUCGGCUGGGGCAUACCGGCGAUCAUCACCGGUUUGGCGGUUGGCCUCGAUCCUCAGGGUUAUGGAAAUCCAGAUUUCUGCUGGCUCUCUGUACACGACACGCUCAUCUGGAGCUUCGCAGGACCCAUCUUUGUGGUUGUUCUCGUGAACAUAGUGAUCUUCAUUUUAGCAGCGAAGGCUUCCUGUGGUCGCAGGCAGAAGGUUGUGGAGAAGUCAGGAGCUAUUCCUGCGCUGCGGAUGGCCUUCCUCCUCCUGCUGCUCAUCAGCGCCACCUGGCUGCUCGGUCUCAUGACGGUCAACAGCGACGUAAUGAUUUUCCACUACCUGUUUGCCAUCUUCAGCUGCUUGCAGGGAGUCUUCAUCUUCUUCUUCCACGUGAUCUUCAACAAAGAGGCGAGGAAAAACCUCAAGAACGUCUUCACAGGUAAAAAGACGGUACAGGACGACUCCAGCACCACUAGAGCCUCCUUACUCACUCGGUCUCUGAACUGCAACACAUACGCAGAAGACGGGCCGCUGUAUCGCACAGCCAUCGGCGAGUCCAACGUCUCCCUGGACAGUACGCUCAGGUCAGGCAAGAGCCGCAGCAGCAGCUACCUGGCUUACGCGCUCAGGGAAGAGUCGGGUCAGAAGCCCAGCUCCUCAGGAACAGCUAAAGGACACACAGAUCUGGAUGGUCCUCUUUUCCACCAAAAUGGCACCAAAGGAGACGACUCUGACUCAGACAGUGAGUUGUCUGUGGAUGAGCACAGCUCCUCCUACGCCUCGUCCCCCUCCUCUGACAGCGAAGACGACGAUUUGGAUGUCAAGCCUAAAUGGAACAACGAGAGGCCCCUUCACAGCACUCCAAAAGGUGAUUCUGUGUCCAACCACGUGAGACCUUACUGGCCAACAGAUGGCACCACGGCCAGUGACAGCGAGGACCUGAGUGUGACAGACCGGCUGAGGGUGGAGACCAAGGUCAACGUGGAACUGCAUCCGGAAAAUAAACUCAACCACGUCGGUGAAAGAGAGAGGGAAGCUUCCCAGGAGAAAGACAAGCCGGCGCCUGGUAUCGCCAAAGACACGCCGCCUCCCAGCCAACCCAUCUGCAACAGCAACCACCAGCCAGAGCAGAGGAAAGGCAUCUUAAAGAACAAAAUCAGUUACCCUCCUCCGCUGACGGACAAGAAUAUGAAGAAUCGUCUAAGGGAGAAGCUGAGCGACUACAACUCCCUGACCAUCACCUCUCCUCCGCCCAUCAACAACAACCACACAUCCGUCCCGCCUCCAUCGUCCGUCAACAUCAUAACCCCUACGUCCAUGCCGUCGUCGCAGGCCUCCACCGACGGAGGGGGUCGCCUCGGCAACCACGACCACGGCUCUCUGGUGAAGCCGCCCGUCGCGCCCCGUCCUCAGAUUACCGCCGCGCCACCACCGGGAGGCAUCUACCGGGAGGCCAACGGCGGAGUGGCAAUGCACUUAAAGUCGGGGACGGUGAACGGAGGAAACGACUCCGACUCAGAUGGCAGUAACGAGACUUCAAUCUGACCCGUCAGGCAAUUCCAGACCAGCCCGCCCUUGUGAGAGGAGGAGCCAGUGAGUGGGGAAGAGAAGAGAAAAUGAAAGUGAGACGAACACAAAGGGGGAUAGAAGUUUGGGUAAAGGUCCAUACGCCCCCUGUCAUGUUUUAGCGAGCAGUAUUAACGGCAGACUUUAGGACUACCUGGGACGGCAGAGACAAGGAUGCGAGAAAGAAUAAAGGGAAUGCUUCAUCGGAGACACGUGUGCCAAAAUCGAGAAGGACUUACGACGAGCAGCGGACUCUCCAGGACAGCUUCUAUCUGCCUGAGAACGUCUGAUAAAUGAUCUGGAGCUGGUACAUGUGUAGUCCAAAAAGGAUUUCAAAGACCACAGCCUCUUCAAGCGUCACAAACAGACAGCUAAGUCCAAAGGCGGAGGACGUGCGCACCGAGAACUGUUUUUAUUCGGUGCGGUGUAUUUAGAGUGUAAUUAUUGUGUAGAUAUUGUUUUUUUUAAGUGAAGAAGAAGAAAUAAUGUAUUUUCUAUUUCAGCUAAAGCAGAGAACAAGUUUGUAAACUAAAAAAGAAAAAAAAAUGCCUUGAAAAAUAUUGGGAAGACUGUUUGAUUGUGCCUUUAUUUAGGACAGAGGCCUUAUUCACUCACACCUUAUAGGCUUUCAUGGUGUAGUAAGAAGUAGCCUGGCUGAGAAAGCAGUGGAGAAAUAUAAUUCUUAUUAUUUUUUUUUUUUUUU